GCCUUCUCGAUUGAAUUUUUAACUGAAAUUUGGUAUGGGUAAACUAGACUUAAUGAAGAAGAUGCUCAAAAAAUGUCAUCAAAAAUUCCACCGGAAACCACCUCAAAUGGCGACAUCCAGACAAAGCCUCCUGUAAAAGGGCUUAUUUGCACUUUUUAUGAAAGUUCGAGGGCUUAUUUGAUAGUUCUCUCAUAAUUUUAUUUUAAAGUUUUACUAUAUUAUGGUGACGUUGAUAAGUAAUUAGUUUGAAUACUUUAUUGUUUACUCAAUAUUUUGUUAGCGUAGCAAUAGUUUUUUAUAUACAUAAGACAAGAACCGAGAAUUCGGACAGAACCGACUUCUUUCAAACGGGGCAGGUAUGGUCAAACCGACGAUCUCUAAACAUUCAUCAAUUAUCCGGACCAAUCCGGGUCAUGCCUACCUACCCCUAUCUCCACCCAUACUUCUCAAGUAUUAAUUUAUUUUUCAAGAAUAUUUCCAGAUUAAAAAAAAAUUAUGAAACUCAGGAUGGGCUCACCAUGGAUUGGCCCAAUUCUAAUAGUACCUAUGGGUGGUUCAAGAAAUUGAAAGUCGGACUGAAGAAAUUGAACUACAGACCCCAAAAUCAAUUUCGUUCAGAGGUGGUAAACUGCUCACUCAUGCUACUGAGUAUCGUAGUAUGGUACUUGCAGGGCACUGUUAAUCAUGGUUUAUGGCUCCAGUCCAAUCCUGAUAUAUCUCUUAUUGUUGCUUAUUCUGAUGCGGAUUGGGCUGGUUGUCCGGACAGUAGUCGCUCUACCACAGGUUAUGUCGUCUUUUUGGGUAGCAAUUUAAUUUCUUGGAGGUCCAAGAAGCAACCAACACUGUCCAAGUCGUCUACUGAGGCUGGGUACCGUGCCAUUGCUUAUACAGUCCAGGACACUCUCUUCAUUCGCUCCUUGUUGGCAGAUAUGGGUAUUACUAUUUCGGCCCCUGUCCAACUUCGAUGUGAUAAUGUUUCUGCCUCCUAUCUUGUUGUCAAUCAUAUACAUCAUGACCGCAGUAAGCAUAUAAAGAUAGACUAUCAUUUUGUCAGAGAACGAGUUGCUCAUGGAGAUCUAGUGGUUAAAUAUGUUCCUACACAGCUGCAGUUGGCAGACAUCUUCACAAAGAGUUUAUCUAGUCAACGUUUUGAGUUUUUACGUGUCAGUCUGCGCGUUGUUUCCCCUGCACAGAUUGAGGGGUUGUAAUAAUAUAUAAUAGAGGACAUAUUUGUAAUUUUACUAUUCCUUGGUUAUUAUAAAUACAGAGUUGGGCACCCUAUUAGGGUAAGCCAUUAUUUCCC